CACGGCGCGGCACAUCACAGCACGGCUCGGCACGGCACGGCUCGGCUCGGCUCCGCUCUCCCGCCAUGGCAUCCAAGUGCCCCAAGUGCGACAAGACCGUGUACUUCGCCGAGAAGGUCUCUUCCCUGGGCAAGGACUGGCACAAGUUCUGCCUCAAGUGUGAGCGCUGCAACAAGACCCUGACCCCGGGUGGGCACGCCGAGCACGAUGGGAAGCCCUUCUGCCACAAGCCCUGUUAUGCCACACUGUUCGGCCCCAAAGGGGUGAACAUCGGCGGGGCCGGCUCCUACAUCUACGACAAGCCGCAGAUCGAGGGGCAGACUGCCCCGGGGCCCAUCGAGCACCCCGUGAAGGUGGAGGAGAGGAAGGUGAACGCUGCUCCUCCCAAGGGACCCAGCAAAGCCUCCAGUGUCACCACCUUCACCGGGGAGCCCAACAUGUGCCCGCGCUGCGGCCAGAGGGUCUACUUUGCUGAGAAGGUGACUUCCCUGGGGAAGGACUGGCACCGUCCCUGCCUACGCUGUGAGCGCUGCAGCAAGACGCUGACCCCGGGGGGACACGCCGAGCACGAUGGACAGCCCUACUGCCACAAGCCCUGCUAUGGGAUCCUCUUUGGGCCAAAGGGUGUCAACACCGGAGCUGUGGGGAGCUACAUCUACGACAAAGACCCUGAGGCAAAGAACCAGCCCUAGGCAGCAUCCCUGCCCUGCUGCACGCUCUGUGCCCCUCCUGUACUAACCUGCUGCUCCCAGAGCCUCUCCAGGCUGCCCACGGAGCUGUGCCCUCUCUGCUGUCCCUACUCCUGGCAGGACAGCCCUGCCCUGGUUAUUAUCAUGUCUCUAAUAUAAGCUUCAGUGUUUUAAGGCUAA